AUGGAUGCAGAGAGGGAGGCCCUGCAGUCUGCCGCCUGCCCACAAGUGCAGACCUUCUGCCAAAAGCACGGCCUGACAUUCGAGGUUGUUGAUCUGAGGUGGGGAAUUCAGAACUCGGAGGCCACUGACCACAUGACCACCGAAAUCUGCUUGGAAGAGCUGGACCGGUGUCGCAAGACGUCCAUCGGGCCAGCUUUUGUUGCCCUUGUAGGUGACCAGUAUGGCCCCUGUCCAGUCCCCUCAGUGAUCGAGGAGAAGGAGUGGGAGGCACUGAGGGCCCAGCUGACCACCAGGCCACGUGACCUGGAGCUGGUGGCAAGACGCUUCCGGAGAGACGAGAACUCAGUUCCUCCUACCUACGUCCUGCAGGCGACAGGUGGCAGAGAGGCUCCUGGGCCUGAGGAGGCCACUCUGACCUCUGUCCUUCGCUCUGGAGCUCAGGAGGCCUGGAGGCGGGGCCUCAUCAGCCAGGAGCAGUGGCACCGCCACCACCGGUCAGUCAUCGAGUGGGAGAUGGAGCGGGGCCUGCUGGGCUCAGCGGCCGGGGAGCAGGGCGCCACUGUCUUCCUCCGAGAGAUCCAGGACCUCAACAAGCACAUCCUGGAGGAUGGCGCCCUCAAGAUGGUGGACCGGCUCGCAGACGGCUGCCUGGAUACUGACGCCCAGAACCUUCUGAGGGACCUCAAGGGGCGCAUCACUGACACACACCCCGGGGUCCUCAAGACCCACCGCCUGCCGUGGAGCCGAGACCUGGUGAACCCCAAGAACAAGGCUCACGCCCGCUACCUCCGGGAGCUGGGAGAGCAGUUUGUGGCCAGGGCUGACCACCAGGUCCUCGAGCAUCUCCGGGAGCUGGAGCUGGCCAGGCACGACCUGGCCUGGCUCUACCAGGAGAUCCGCCACCACCUCUGGCAGAGCGCAGAGGCCACCGGGACCUUCUGUGGCCGCCGGGAGCUGCUGGCUCAGCUCGGGCAGCGGCUCAGACGAGACGACAGGCAGCCCCACGGCCCCGUGGUCCUCUUCGGCCCCCCGGGCGUCGGGAAGUCUGCCCUGAUGUGCAAGCUGGCUGAGCAGAUGCCUGGGCUGCUCGGCCACAAGACGGUGACGGUCCUGCGGCUGCUGGGGACUUCGCAGAUGAGCUCCGACGCCCGCAGCCUCCUGAAGAGCCUCUGCUUCCAAGUGUGCCUGGCUUUCGGGCUGCCCCCGCCGCCCCCCCAGGUCCUGGAGGCCCAGGCCAGGGUGGCCCAGCUCCUGCGCGGCCUCCUCCACACCGUCUCCCGCAGGAACUUCGAGUCCCUGGUGCUGCUGCUGGACUCCGUGGACGACCUGGACUCUGUCCGAGGCUCCCGGAGGAUCCCCUGGCUGCCUCUCAGGUGUCCCCCGAAGGUGCACCUCAUCCUCUCAGCUUGCUCGGGGCAGCGGGGGGCUCUGGACACCGUGCGGCGGACGGUCUCGGACCCCGAGGCCUACUGGGAGGUGAGGCCCCUCUCUGGGAACCAAGGACAAGAAAUGAUCCAGCUCCUGUUGGUGGCAGCAAGGAGGACCCUGAGCCCCACGCAGCGGGACCUGCUCUGGGCCAGCCUUCCAGACUGCGGUCACCCAGGGCGGCUGAGGCUGGCUUUUGAGGAGGCCCGGAAAUGGGCCUCCUUCACCGUGCCCGCGCCCUUGGCCUCCACCGCCGAGGAGGCGACACACCAGCUCUGUGCCCGCCUGGAGCAGACGCACGGGCAGCUCCUGGUGGCCCACGUGCUGGGUUACAUCGUGUCUUCCCGGCACGGUCUCUCGGAGGCGGAGUUGAAAGACGUCUUGUCCUUGGACGAUGAGGUGCUGCAGGUGGUGUACCGGGACUGGACCCCCCCCAGCAAGGAGCUGCUGCGCUUCCCGCCCCUGCUGUGGGUGCGGCUUCGUCGGGACCUGGGCCACUGCCUGGCCCGGAGACCCGCGGACGGCCUCACGCUCCUGGCCAUCGCCCACAGACAGCUGGCUGAGGUGGUCUGGGUGCGCUACCUGCCUGGGCCUGAGAAAGCCAAGAGGCACCGCGUCCUGGCCGACUUCUUCUCAGGGGCCUGGAGCCAGGGCACCAAGAAGCUCAUCAGCCUGCCGCUUGUGGGGAAGCCCCUGAACCUGGACCGCAAGGUGGCCCCGCAGCCCCUGUGGUUCUCGGACACGGUGGCAAACCAGAGGAAGCUGAAGGAGCUGCCCCACCACCUGCUGCACUCGGGGCGCCUGGAGGAGCUGAAGCAGGAGGUGCUGGGUAGCAUGAGCUGGAUCUGCUGCCGCGGCAUCUCUGGGGGCAUCGAGAGCCUGCUGGAUGACUUUGACAUGUGUGCCCCUCACGUGGACUCCCCCGAGGUCGGCCUGAUCCGAGAGGCCCUCCAGCUCUGCCGCCCUGCCCUGGAGCUGCGAGGCUUGGACAGGAGCGUCCUGUAUACCGAACUCCUGGCCAGACUCCACUUCUUCGCCGCGUCCCACCCCGCGCUGGUGGGGCAGCUGUGCCAGCAGGCCCAGAGCUGGUUCCGGGUGUGCCCGCAUCCUGUGCUGGUGCCCCUUGCAGGAUUCCUCCAGCCCCCCGGGGGACCCCUGCGGGCAGCCCUCACGGGCUGUCACAAAGGUGUCACCGCCAUGGCGUGGAGCCUGGAAGAGAAAUUGUUGGUGGUCGGCACCCAGGAUGGCCUCGUGGCUGUGUGGGACAUGGAGGAGCAGCAGGUGGUCCACAUUCUAACAGGACACACGGGAGAGGUGAGGUGUGUUAAAGUUUUUGCAGAAGGGAUUCUUGCCAUCUCUGCCUCUAAGGACCAUACUCUGCGCGUGUGGAACUUACUUUCUGGCCAGGAGAAAUUUUCCAUUUGGGAUGGAGGCUCAAAAAAUUCCACUGAACCCCAGAUCUGGAACCUUCAUGUGGAUGAAACAAAUAAAAUCAUGUAUUCAACCUCUGGCUCCAAGAUCAACGCUUGGAGUUUAGAAACGGCGGAGCUGGUUUUCCGCAUCCUGGGAGACGGUGCCGAUCCCUGGGUGAGCACGGCCGUGCUGCCUUCCCAGACCAGGCUGCUGACCGUGUCCAGGGGCGGCGAGGUCACUCUGUGGAACUCGGCCACGGGGAGCCUGCAGGGGAAGCACCGUUUGUCCAGCAUCAAAGAGGAGGCCCCCACCUGUGCCGUCUCGGUCCAGACGCAAGGCAAGGUGGUCACUGGGUUCAGCGACGGCUCCGUCUCUUUGGUUUCCCCUGGAGGAGACAGGUUGCUGGAGAAGCUUCCAGAAGCUGUGGGAUUCCUGGUGGUCUCUGAAGACGAGUCCCUUCUUGCUGCAGGCUUUGGAAGAUCCGUGCGAAUAUUCUUGGCCGACUCACAGGGCUUUCACCGUUUCAUGGCCAACGACUUGGAACACGAGGACGUGGUAGAGACAGCUGUUUUUGGAGCUGAGAACAACCUGAUUGUCACUGGGUCCCGGGAUGCACUCAUUCAGGUGUGGAGUCUGUCAGAGCAGGGGACCCUGCUGGACGUCCUGGAAGGUGUGGGAGCCCCUGCAAGUCUGCUGGUCCGCGGAGGGGCCCUGGUGGCCUCUGCCUCCCAGCAGUCCUCAUCCUUCAAAGUCUGGGACCUCACCUGCACGCAGAGGCCCCGGGCCUCGGCUCCCUUCCUGGACCGCACGGGGCUCACUGCAGUGUCCCACAACGGAAGCUACAUCUACUUCCCCAAAAUCGGGGACAAAAACAAAGUCACCAUUUGGGACAUGGCAGAAGGUGAGGAGCAAGAUUCCCUGGACACGUCCAACGAGGUCAAGUGUCUGGAGGUCGCCGAGCAAGCCCAGCUGCUGUUCACGGGCCUUGUUUCCGGAAUUGUCCUUGUGUUCCCCCUGAAUUCCCGGCAGGACGUGAUGUGCAUCCCCCCUCCAGAGGCCCGCAAGGCCAUCAACUGCAUGUCCUUGAGCAAGAACGAGGACCGUCUGGCCAUUGCCUAUGACAACAUUGUCCUGGUGCUGGACAUCAGCCCUGGAGACCCCUGUCCCGUCAUCGAUGGGCCAACAUACACCUUUUAUACCCAGCUGCCUGAGACCAUAGCCUGUGUGGCCGUUUUGACUGAUUACCGUGUGGUCUACGGCAUGACCAAUGGCGACCUGUUUCUGUACGAGUGUGCAAAUUCCAAGGUGUUCCCUUUGGAGGCCCACAGGAGCCGAGUCACCUGCGUGGAGGUCAGCCACCAGGAACAGCUGGCGGUCAGCGGGUCUGAGGAAGCCUUGCUGUGUCUCUGGGAACUGGAGACCUGCAAGUGGAAGUUCAAGAUGAGCUACACGAGUUCCUUUUGCAGAGGAGUCCAGUGCGCUUGCUUCUCCAAGGAUGACAAGUUUGUGUACGUGGGCUUGAAGGACCGCUCCAUAAUUGUCUGGAGCGUGCUGGAUGGCACUCUGCUGGCUGUCCAGUUUGUCCAUGCAGUGGUAAACAGAAUCAUCCCCACCUCCAAUGGCUUUAUUGCUCCCACGAGACAUGGCUAUCUCAUCCGAGAGCGUUUCCACUGUCCUUCAUCAAGAGCCUCACAGGAGGAUCCCCUCAAGAACUUCAAGAAGGCAGUGUGGAUGGUCAAGUCCAGGCAGAGAGAAGAGCUGGCUGCAGCUGCAGAAACACCCCAGGACUUGACAUCCCAGUCGGCCCAGGGAAACAAAUCCAGAUCAAACAAACAUUCACAAGUCUGCCUGUUGGUGUGA